CAUUACGCUCUGGCAAUAACAUGAACGCCAUCUGUUCUCCGCUCCCGUGAAACCCGAGCCUGGUUGAAGAAGAUGGUGACCAGGAAGAUCCGUCGCUCGGAGUACAUGAAGAAAUAUAAAGACCCUAAAUGGGAGACUUACACAAAGUGUUACGAGGAGCUGGUGAAGUACAGACUGAGUCGCAGACUCCUGGAGCAAACACACAAACCCUGGAUCUGGAAUCUCCCUGAUUCCGACUCAGAGACCGGGGAAGCAAAGUCACCUGGUAAAGGUGAAGGCCCUCCGAGGGCAAAGAUGGAGGCGUGCCAGGGGCCCAAGGCAGAUGUACCCAGACUGCCUGGCCUGCAGGAGGAGCGAGGAAAUGAUUGUCAUCAAAAAGAAGUUCGAGAGUCAUGUGCAGCCGAGGGCCAUACAGGAGAGCAGAGUGGUAGGAAACACAAAAGGGAGCCACACGAAGACGCUGAAGUUCCACAGCCGCCGCCGAGCAAACCAAGGAGACUUUCCAAGUCGUCUCGCCUCCAGCGGGUGAAGUCUGUCGUGCAGCAGCCUCCUAAAGACCACAGCAAACAUCCUUUCGCUCUGUAUGCUUCUGGUGAGAAGGACGCUGACACCGCAGGCAAAAAGACGCACAACGUGCUACCUAUUGCUUCGACAAGCGAGAUCCACGCAUCUGCUCUCAGGGCAAAGACUCGGAGGGAAGCGGAGCGACAGGUCCAGACCCAAAGAAACGAGCGCCGCAUAGCGAAGUCAACUGAUAAGCGCAAAGCCAGGAAGAAGGUUAGGCCUGAUUUUAACCCUUGGCUCACAGAGUACAUGCGCUGCUUCUCUGGUCGCACUCGAUGAAACGCAUUAUAAAUAGUACAAAGACAUUAUUUUGGGCCCAGGUACCAUUCUAAACACACACAGGAUGUGGGACUACUUUUUUAAUGGAAACUACAGAAGAAAAUACAUCUGAAAAGGCACUGUACUGUAUUCACAAUGUUUCUAUAUAUUAAUAUAGAAAGAAUGUAUGAAGAAUGUGUUUAAUCCCUUAUUGAACACUUUAGUCUUGUACAUGCAGAAAAUUAAAGAACUAGUAAUGUUUAGUUAGCAUUGGUUGUUCACUAGUUGUGGUGAAGUGCAUGUACACUAACCAGCCUUAAAGGUGAAUGUGUGUGUGCUGAAUUGUCAUACAUGGGGCAUAAUUUGUAGCAGUUUUACUGUCUAACCAUAGACACUAAAAGACAUUUUUUUUCCAGAAGUUAAGUUUGUAGUUUGAGAGGCGUUUUUCUUGAUUUUUCUCAAACCACUGCACCUUUACCAGUCUUAUGGUGCUCUCCACACACUUUGAAGCCCCGUGGCUCAGGAGGUCAAACUACAUGUGGACAUUAAGACAAAAUGAAUGCUAUUUACACACAUGCACACACAUUGAUCUAAACAGUCAUCGAGGAGAAACUCGUCUCUGUGCCAUAUGUCGAUAUUUAUAUUAUUGCCAAACAAGUUCAGGUUCUGAUAGUAAUACUAUUGUUGCAUAUAUUUGGUUCAGUGUUACUGUUUGUGACAAUAUGAUUUUUCUAUUGUUCAAAUUCUACAGUGUAAUUCUGUAGGGAAAAAACAUUCAACAAAAGAUUUUUGUGCAAUAUGUUUGACAAUCUUGGAACAAGGUGAUCUGUCUCUGAUUCAUUACUUUUUUCCUUUACAUUUGGUUGUGAAACAACAGGGUUAAAUCAUGUUUAUAUUAGAAGUGUACAUAUUAAGUAUGAGUUGAAAGGGUUAUAAGUUAGAAGCAAUUUUUCUUUUUCAGCAUUAAUUCACUUUGGAUCAAUUUACUGGAUUUCCCACAAGACUUAAAUGUUUCUUUAUUGUACCGUUCAAA